CUUCGCUUGCCAUCGCCCAAGCGAUGGCCUCGCUCCCCCGCAUCGAGCGCACCCCAAGCACAGACACAGCCGACGAGCCCGCUCACAGCAGUGCGGAGCAAGCGUACGCCGCCCUCACCGCGGAACUGCAAAAAUCUGGCUUCGACGUCGUCGCGCCGCUGCGAGCCGGCUGGUACAACGACUACAUCCGCGAGCUCGGCCUCUCGACCGACUCGACGGCCUACCUGCAGGCGCCUCCCUCCCUCGCAGCCUGCGGAUCGGCUGCGUCCGGCGAGCGGCACGCCUCGGGCGAGGAGGCGCCCUUUGCGCUCGCGCCGCUGCCCGACUUUGGGCGGUCGGGCGACGCGCUGGCGAUACUCGUCGGCAACUCGCGCGCCAUGUGGCCGGCGUUCCUGCGCUGGCUCAAGGCGCAGAAGGACCCGGACGCCCUCUCCGACCCCGUCGACACCUUUGCAGCGGAGGCCAUUUGCGGCGCUGUCGGCCGCUUCGCCGCCGCGUCCGCCGCAGCAGCCGGCCGAAAGGCGGCGGUGGCGCACGACAGCUUUUGGGCGUCCGACAUGACGCCCACGCGGCUGGUCGACAUGAACCGCGCCGCGCGCGUCGCCGGAGUCUGCUACUUUAGCGACGCCAUGUUCCUCAGCGUGCACCCGACGUUCGGCGCGUGGGUCGCGUUUCGCGCUGUCGUCGUGCUCGACCUGCCGGCGUCGCACCUGCGAGGCCCUCCCGCGCCGCUGCCUCCGCUGCUGAGUGACGACGAGGCGGCGGCAGCCAAGGCUGCGUUUGACGAGGCGCUGCGUGCCUCGGCCGCGGAGGAGCUGCGUGUGGACGGCAUGCCGCGGCACCUGGCGCACAAGUGGGCGGCGAUGCGCGACUGCGUGCGCCGGGGGCGCGAGCACCGCUACGGCGCGCGGCAGAGCGAGUACCACUACACCAAGGACCGGUCUCUGCUCGCGGCGGAGCUGGCCAGGCUGGAGGCGGAGGAGGGGAAGCAGCGAAGCGGGCGGUGA